AUGUACUGUCCGCUCGAAGUUUAUCAGCAAAUUAUAACGGGUAGUCUCUCGGUCGAAGGCCCUCCGGUCGUUUCACAGAAUGCGGUAACAAAAGCAAAUAAUCUCGAGGGCCAAACGGUGUUUGUUCAACGUCCUCGUGAACUCCCAAUCGAAUGUGUGGUAACACGUUCAAAUGAUCUCCUCUUGAAAGAUGUCAAAACCAAUCGUUAUUUUCGUGCAUCACAACACGAGUUGGAAUUUGUUACAAUACCAGAAGAGGAGGGUACCGAAGUAACAUUUGCCUUGAAACAAUCCGGUGCUGCAAUGUUAUGUUAUCUUAUUCAAGGUAUCACAUGGUCACCUCGUUAUAAUUUAAAAGUUGAACCUGACACUGUUGAUCAAGUAUCUUUUCUUGCUUGGGCUGAUAUGACUAAUUCGACAAAACGCGAUUAUAAAAUAAAGCAUGUAGAAUUAUUCGGUGGCGAUGUACCAUUACAACAUAGACCGCAAAAUUAUUUUCAAUCACCGGCUCCUGUUUAUCAGAAAUAUUGUUGUUGCAGCCCUGGCUGUGAUUCUGCUCCGAAAAUCGUUGAACAAGGUGAAAUCGCCGGUCUCUAUUAUUAUUCUCUUGAUCAAUCGUUUGUACUCGCCUCACAAAGUACCUUUUCGUUACCGUUUGUUGAGGUCAACGUUAAAAUGGAACGUAUUGCACUCAAGCGACAUCAUUUUAACGAACGGUCACACAAAGGAAAAUUUGAUCGAGUCUAUCGUAUUGAAGGUGAUAAAUUUUUGCCCAAGGGGACGUGUACGGUACGAGAAAAUGGUCGAGUGGUUGGGCAAGUGCACUUGCCUGAUAUGGGUGUCGGUGAUAAACACGAUUUAGAAUGUGGGUCAGAAUUCGACGUUGGUUUCAGUUGUCAAGUAACCGUACUCAGUCAAAAAAGGUAUACAUCAUCAUAUGCUGUCAAGCUUACAAUCAAAAAUACAAAGGAAAAACGAGCAAUGAAAUAUGAAUAUCACGAAUCAAGCGGUGGAAAAAUUAUGUUGAGGGAUGGAGAAAAUCGAAAUAGUUCGACUGAAGUCAACGGCAAUGCUAUCAAAAUUACAGGUGAACUGCAGCCAGAUGGUGAUGAACAUGUUUUUGAAUAUGAGGCACAUUUCGAUUAUACUCCCCAACAUGCUGAUGAUGAAGACAAAAGUGAUCUCUGUAAAUGA